AUGGUUGCAUUUAAGCCUACAGAUGUGCCUCCAAAAGCCACCGUAAAGUUCCUCAGGGCUGGCACUGCUGCCUGCAUCGCUGACCUCAUCACCUUCCCCCUGGACACAGCCAAAGUCCGGCUGCAGAUUCAAGGAGAGAGCCAGGGAGCCAUCCGAGCUUCCUCUACCACUGCCCAGUAUCGGGGUGUCAUGGGCACCAUUCUGACCAUGGUGAAGACUGAGGGCCCUGGCAGUCUGUACAAUGGGCUGGUGGCUGGGUUGCAGCGCCAGAUGAGUUUUGCUUCUGUCCACAAUGGCCUCUAUGACUAUGUCAAGCAGUUCUACACCAAGGGAUCUGAGCAUGCAGGCAUUGGGAGCCGCCUCCUGGCAGGCUGCACCACAGGGGCACUGGCAGUGGGCGUAGCCCAACCCACAGAUGUGUUGAAGGUACGUUUCCAGGCCCAGGCUCGUGCAGGUGGCAGCUGGAGAUAUCAGGGUACAGUGGAUGCCUAUAAGACUAUUGCCCAAGAGGAGGGCCUUCGGGGCUUACAGAAAGGAAGUUCACCUAAUGUUGCCCACAAUGCUAUUGUCAACUGUGCUGAGCUGGUGACCUAUGAUCUCACCAAAGAUGUCCUCCUGAAGGCCCAUCUCAUGACUGAUGACCUUCCAUGCCACUUCACAUCGGCCUUUGGAGCUAGCUUCUGCACCACCAUCAUUGCUUCCCCCGUGGAUGCGGUCAAGACAAGAUACAUGAACUUUGCCGCGGGCCAGUAUGCCAGUGCUAGCCACUGCGCCCUCACCAUGCUUCGGAAGCAGGGACCCCAAGCCUUCUACAAAGGGUUCAUGCCUUCCUUCCUCUGCUUGGGCUCCUGGAAUGUAGAGAUGUUUGUCACCUAUGAUCAACCGAAAUGGGCCCUGAUGGCUGCUCGCACUUCCCGGGAAGCUCCUUUCUGAGCCCUCUCCUGCUAGCUUUUCUGCUUUGAGUCCAGACCCCAUCCUGCCUCUCCUCCCCAUUUUUCCCCUAUUCCUCUCCUCCCCUGCCUUAGCAUUGA